GAUUCUCCAGCAUCUGCAGUUCCUAUUAUCUCUGACACCAACCGUGCAGCUCAGCUCUUCCCCUGUAGUCCACCCUGAUUCAUUCACAACUUCAAAUCCGCGCCCAUUCUGGACUGGCCCUUUAACCCGAAGGAGGGAAGGGCACCUGAGGUCAACCGGCCCCAGCCUGUUCAUCCGCUCCGAAAAAACGGCGGACUGAUAUCGAGAACACGACUCGGGCUGCACCUUAUAAAUUGCCACCUUCUCCUGUGUUUUUCCUUACACGAAGUGGGGACGGGAUCAGACUGUAUUGCACGGUUCCUCCCCCGCCCCGGAUUUGGUGGUGUGGUGUGGACUGGUCUGGAGUGCCUGCCCCCGACGGCGAUUGCGGCGAUGUUGACCUCUCAGGGUGAUCAAUCUUUUGGAAGCAACUGUUCUGAUGUUGAAGAUCCCUCUGCUUUAGCUAUGUCUCCACAGGAACGUUCUAGUCCAAUGUGCAACCUAAAAAAAUACAACACUAGCACUCCUUUAGCAACCAAAUGUGUAACACAUCCACCAUUCUUGUACUUGAAUUCUUCUUAUCCACAUUCAGAGUACAGGGCAAGCCCUCCAACCUCGCAACAAUCUUCAUCCAGCGCACUUCAUGAAAAUUGGCAACAGCCUAACUGUGAAGAAAGAACAGAAUCAUUUACAAGCCAUUUAGUAAACACUUCACAGUGUUUACAGUCUACUAUUUGCAAUAGCUUGUCUUUUGAAUCACUUGGCUGCUCAUUACGUCAGUUUGAAAACAGUAAUAAACUGGAUAUGACUACAGGUUCCUUCAACUCUUCAAUAGUCGAUUCUGAAACUUUGGUUAAUAAUUUGGAGAAUCAUUGUGAACUGAAGUGGGGAUUGAACUACCAAAAGGAAGGCUUUAUAGACACACAUUGCCAUCUGGACUUUUUAUUCUCUAAAUUGUCUUUUAGUGGAACUUUUUCAAACUUUAUGAAGGUUUAUGACACCACUUUCCCAGCGGAGUUUCAGGGAUGUAUCACAGAUUUCUGUGACCCUCGUAGCCUGGUUCUUGGGAAUGAAUGGGAAUAUUUACUGGAUGAACCACUUGUUUGGGGUGCUUUUGGCUGCCACCCUCAUUUUGCCCGUUAUUAUACAAGUUUACAAGAAAAGGCAAUUAUUCAAGCACUGAGACACCCCAAAGCAGUUGCUUUUGGUGAGAUGGGAUUGGAUUAUUCUUAUAAGUGUUCAACGGACAUCGCCAAACAAAAGCAGGUCUUUGAAAGACAGCUAAAACUUGCAGUGGCAUUAAAGAAGCCUCUUGUCAUUCAUGGCAGGGAUGCUGAUGAAGACUUAUUUGAGCUAAUGAAAACUCAUGUCCCAAGGGAUUACAGGAUUCAUAGGCAUUGCUUUACAGGUCGAUAUGAAGUGAUUGAACCAUUUCUACGAGAAUUUUCUAAUUUGUCAGUUGGAUUCACAGCCCUGUUAACCUACCCAACUGCUGUUGUCGUCAGGGAAGCAGUAAGAAGAAUUCCAAUAGAGAGGAUUGUCGUAGAAACUGAUGCACCAUAUUUUUUACCUAGAGGAAUUUCAAAGAGGGUUUGUUGCUAUUCCCAUCCAGGAAUUGCUUUACAUACACUAAUGGAAAUUGCCAGGCAGAAGGUUAUGAAGCUAUCCACAGUUCUUUCUAUAGUGAGAAAAAAUACUCAAGAUAUAUAUGGAAUAUAAACAAUUGACCGAAUGUCAUCCUAUUUUAAUUGUUUUUUUUUUAAAUUGUGACCCAUAAGAAUGUCGACAUUUAAUGAAUGAAAGAAUGAAUGAAUUUAUCCCAGCUUGGAAUGUUAUUUUGCAGCUUGCAUUUUUUUGCAUAAGGCUUAGUUUGCAUAUUUUCAAUUUGACUACUGUUUCUUUAUCAACUUUGAAUACUGGAUGUUGCAACAUAAAUUUGUAAUGAUUCACUAAAUAUACAUGAAGAUGGGACUUAAAUUUCUGA